GAGCGCAGAGGCCCCGCGGGACCCGGGAGGGAGGAGCCGGAGGAGGUCGCUCCACUCUCCUGUGAUGAGCGGGCAGGUGAGCGCCCCGGGCAGCUUCCGGAGCCCGCCCUGCAGAGCGAACCCGCACGCGGACUGGAUGUCGGCGCUGAGCCCGCGGCUGUGGGACGUGCCCCUGCACCACCUGUCCAUCCCGGGCAGCCACGACACCAUGACCUACAGCCUGAGCAAGAAGUCGCCCGUGUCCCGCUCGGCGUCGCAGCUGCUGCAGGUGCUCGCCAAGGUCCUGCCGUGCCUCCUGCAGCCCGUGGUGCUCAAGUGGUCGGUCACCCAGGAGCUGGACGUCACGGAGCAGCUGGACGCCGGCGUGCGGUACCUGGACCUGCGGAUCGCACACAUGCCCGAGGGCUCCCCGAAAAACCUGCACUUCGUCCACAUGCUGUACACGACCCUGCUGGUGGAGGACACGCUCACGGAGAUCUCCGAGUGGCUGGAGCGGCACCCCCGCGAGGUGGUCGUGCUGGCCUGCAGGAACUUCGAGGGCCUGAGCGAGGACCUGCACGAGUACCUGGUCUCCUGCAUCAAGAACAUCUUCGGGGACAUGCUGUGUCCCCGCGGGGAGGUGCCGACGCUGCGGCAGCUGUGGGCGCGGGGCCAGCAGGUCCUGCUCUCCUACGAGGAGGAGGGCGCCGUGGGCCGGCACCCCGAGCUCUGGCCGGGGAUCCCCUACUGGUGGGGCAACCAGGUGAAGGCCAAGAAGCUGAUCCGCUACCUGGAGCGCAUGAAGGGCUGCGGCCGCCCAGGCGGGCUCUUCGUGGCGGGCAUCAACCUCACGGAGAACCUCGAGUACAUCCUGGCGCACCCGGCCGCGUCGCUGAGGAACCUGACGCUGCCCAGCCUGCCCCGGCUCAGCGCCUGGGUCCGCGAGCAGCGCCCGGGGCCCGGCCCGCGCUGCACCAACAUCAUCGCCGGCGACUUCGUGGGCACCGGCACCUUCGUCAGCGACGUCAUCCGGCUCAACGACAAGCUGCUGGCGGGCUGACCGCCCCCAUCCUCUCGGCUGACCGGCCCCCGUCGGCCCAGGACGUCCCCCAUCCUCUCGGCUGACCGGCCCCCGUUGGCCCAGGACGUCCCCCAUCCUCUCGGCUGACCGUCCCCCGUCGGCCCAGGACGUCCCCCAUCCUCUCGGCUGACCGUCCCCCGUCGGCCCAGGACCCUCCUCCAUCCUCUCGGCUGACCGUCCCCCGUCGGCCCAGGACCCUCCUCCAUCCUCUCGGCCGCGUCGUCCUGGCCACAUGCGGGCGAGAAGAAUGGGGGGCAGCCGGGCAGGGACCACACCUCCGGGGAACCCCCUGGGGCACCUGCCUUCACGGGUCUCAGUGCUUCUGGGGUGAAUCCAGUGACUGUGCUGAGGGUCACGGGGGGCUGUGGGGUUCAUGGACAAGUCCCCCGGAAUCAUGGGGUUCAGACCCGCUGUCGCCCGUGAGAGACGCUCAGAGGGGACCCCUCACCGGGGCUGCUGGACGCCUCGUAGCAUCGUGUGGGCUGGACGGACUGAGUGCGAUGGCAUCUACGGAGCAAACCCUUUGUCACAAACCAGGAGGCCCUGGCUGGUGUGCUCAGUGGUUAGCGCGUCGGCCGGGGCAUCAAAGGGUCUCGGGUUCGAUUCCGGUCCAGGACCUGGGUUGCCGGCUUGAUCCCUGGACCUGGCUGGGCCCGUGCGGGAGGCAGUCCAUCGACGUGUCUGUG